AUGCGUGAGAGCAAGUCUCCGCUCUCAACGCCAACAUUCUAUGUCAGAAAGCCAAAUGGCAAGUGGUGCAUCGUCCGUGCUUUUAACAAGCUGAAUGCAGCUACGAUCCUGACUCAAACGCCAAUCCUUCGCAAGGAUAUUCUACAGAUCAACAUGGUUGGGUGCACAAUGUACAGCGCGCUCGACAUGGUCGCUGAUUACUACCAGUUGCUCAUGCGAGCUAGUGAUAUCCCGCUCACCGCGGUCACUAUUCCGAGCGGGCUGUCGAUCCCGCCGGCGACGUUCAAUCUUCUGGUGACGCAGCUGUUUGAGCACCGUCGGGCUUACGCACAUACGUACUUUGAUGACAGCUUUGUCCAUCGUGCGGAGCUCGGGAGGUCGGAUUUGGAGAACAAUGUUGACCAUUUGCGAGCGGUGCUCGAGUGCAUGCGCUCGAACAAAUUGUACGCCAGUGCGGAUACGUACAUCUUUGGCGCGAAAGAGGUCUCUUUUCUGGGGUGCUUCAUUGGGAAGCGUGGUCUUCGAGCGGAUCCCGCUAAGGCUAGAGCCAUUGUGGAUUGA